CCCAUUCAAACUUUAACUAACCCAAACAGUCACCUCUGCAACGCAGAAACAUAACAGAUCAGUGGGGUCACAGUAAAUAUUGGGGGAACGAUGUAGAAGGAGAAGACGAAGAAGACGAAGACAUAACUCCGAGUCACGUGAUUGGGUCGAGCAUCUUUUUUGGUCCAUUUUUGGAGGAUAGCGAGGGCUCCGUGCGAACCAAGAAAAUGACCAAACUGCAGUUUUUAAACGUCUUUUUGACUGAGCGUCUUAUGCUUGCUGCGCAGGAGAUCUACAAAUCUGUCGAGGACACGAUUUUGGAGUACCAGGAAGAGAUAGCGAUCAGGGAGCGGGAGAACGACCAUUUGAGACGCAGGCUGCGAGACGCUGGGAUCGAAAUAUGGCCAGAUCGUCCGUCCAUGGCGCUGUUGGACGAGGAGGAUGGUGAGCAUCCACGUCGUGAAUGGAGUCCCAGCAUGGGGCAUGAAGAGCGCAUCCCUAUUCAGAUUAAAGAUAAAAGAGAUCUCCGGGCCAACCAAGGAGAUGAUCAGCUUCGUGGCCAUGGCUCUUGCAGCACACCAGAGAACAUGUUCACUCCCCCGCGUGUUGGAAAUGAAUAUCCCCAGGAUGGCCCCCACACAUCCAACCUCCCUCAGAGUCAAGGUGUGGAGAAUAGGGAGAGGGAUCCUGCAUCUCGAGGGUCCUCAAGACAUGUGAAGGUAGAGAGUGGAGGAGCCCACAGAGGCUCUACUUCCUCCAACAGUGGCGCCCAGCCACUUGCACCAGUCAACCCAAACUGCUCAAAUGAGAACAACAUUGACAUUAUUGCGGUGGAGAAUGGAGGACAGAUGGUUGGUUCUAAAGGAAAUGGAACUGGAGCUAACAGAGGACAGGCCUCUCAGAUGCGCAACCAAGGAGCCAAUGCUGUGGAAUGCCCUAAUCAAAAAUCACCCCUUCAAGGUCACAUAUCUUCCUUUAGCUGCAAGGUUUGUGGUGAGGCGUUUAGUCACGUUGGCCACCUGCAUGUGCAUGUACAAGUGCACACUCGAGAAAAACCUUACCGCUGUGGAGUAUGUGGGAAAUGCUGCAGCUCCUCUGGUAGACUUCAGGAGCACCAGCGUAGCCACACAGGAGAAAAACCAUUUCGCUGCCAGAUUUGUGGAAAGGGUUUCACACAGAUGGCUCACUUGAAGGUACACAUGAGGAUCCAUACUGGGGAGAAGCCAUACAGUUGCCCUGUGUGUGGCAAAUGCUUCAGCCGUUCUGACAAAAUCAAAAGGCACCUCCAGACCCAUAGCCGCGAGGGAACAUAUUUUUCAGGGCAAUGAUGCAAGAGUGUUGUUAAACAAUCCAGUUUGUGAAUCCUAUUGAUGAGGGAAACUUUGUUACAAAAAGCUAAAAUCGCUGCCAUUAAGACAAGGCUUUUUUCUUCCUACUUUCCAAUAAUUAGGGAUUCUGCAACUCUUAGAGAAAGUUUCUUAUCUAACCUAUCACUUCUCCACGCCAUAGUCCCUCAAUAGAAUUUGUAUUAGCCAGUUUAGUAUGUCAUUUACUUAAUUUUGUACUUGUCAAUGAGUAUUAAAUCUUUAAGACACAAUUUGAGUUAUUAACUAGCCUUUCUGAAUUAUCUAGCCUUUCCUUAGUCAUAUAAUUAGCAUGAUGAAGUCUUCCACAUAUGCCUUGAAACUGAGAUGCAUUAUGAAAUGCAACAAUGUUCAACACGGCCACGGCUUACGAUCAACCGGUGCAGUUUCUGCACACUUUUACAUCUAUCUUGUGAUCAUGUGAAAUGAUCUCCAUUUUCUCAAUUAACAAGAGAGUUGAUGUCCUGACAAAUGAAGCCUGUGCGUCAUCUGGCUUAGUCUAACACUGCCAGAACCUUUUUAUCUAGCAAUUAAACAAUGACCCAAAAUUUAGGCGAACAAAAAGUCACUUUAAACUUGACUGACUUACACGAAGAAGUCUGACCUCGCACUUCACUCUCUUUUUAGUCUUUAUUUUAAUUUCCUUUUUUUUUGAGUGCUGUUACAUUGUUGCAGAGCUAAAUACUGCCAUAUCACAUUGUCAGUGCUUCAUGUUGUGCAUUGAAAUAUGGAUCAAUCUAUUGUCAGACUGCUCCACUAUUUUGUGAACUAAUAUGAUAUUCUGAAAAAUACCACUAGUCUCGAUCUAUUUUUCAUUUUGGAAUUAUUUGGUGUCUUUUUGAUGACAUGCACUAAGGCAUCUGUCUAACACGGUGCAGAAAUUCACUCUAUAAUAGGGCCGUACAGUAUUAGCUGAACCUAACUGUGGUUCUUCAGGGGUCUCAGUCUGCAAAGAUUUUUGUUCACUUGUGUUUAACAUGUGAGGCAUCAUAUGUUGUUGAUUUUCAAAUGUGAUGGUUGGUUUAUCAUGUUAUCACACACUUCCACUGCCCAUCUUGGACUGACACCCUUAACAGAAGACAACAGUCACCUUUCUCCUCUCAGGACUAAUGCUGCAUUCAUAACAUGAGGGAAUACCAGAAAUACUAAUGUCUGACUUGGAAACAGCUAUUAUAAAAGUCAGAAACUCAGGGUUUGUGAGUUUUCUCAUGGAGUUUCCCCUGCUUGUUGCAGAGAAAAACAUGACGAUAACAAUUCAAAACAUAAAAAUAACAAUUUGUGUCUGAACGUCCUGCAAGAAGAUGAACGAAAUAAAUGUGAUGAUACCUUGUGUCAGCUCAGUUUUUGCUCUGAGCUGCACACCAGUGAACCCUCCAUGCAGCAUGAGACAACUACAGCACGUCCUCACAGCUGACCAGCAUCCCUUCACUCACAGUCUUCUCUGGGACACCUUUGCUCCCCCUGCACACACACACACACACACACACACACACACACACACACACACUAUAAUGUACAGUGUUGUAUCAUUGCGUAUUAAAUGUUAUUUUUUAAUAAAGUAGUAAUUGAG